CUGCUCUUGCUUUGACAGUCGUGCCGUGCAGUCCACCGAUUACGCUUCAACCCAACGAACGGGGCGGUCUUCGAUCCGUUCCGCGGACCGUGUUUUCUUCUAAUAGUUUUCUUCCUUACAAAUACUUCAUACAAAUCGCUUCCGGUCCAGGUGCACUUUUAUUCAAUUAAGGUGAAAAGAGAAAAAGAAGGUUCGUGGAUUGCAUAAAAAGGUCGCCGUCGCCUUCUGGUGCAACUGCAGCGGAGUUCGAGGCCAUCAUCGCAGUAGACCGAGCAGGAUGCUGAAUCCGGUCGAAGCGCUGUCGAGCCUGUCGGGCGCUUCACAGCCUGCCAUUCGACUCAUCCUUUCGGUGCUGGCAGCCUACCCGCUGGGAGCCUUCUACCGGACGCUCAAAACAUCGGCCCUGGUCAAAAACCUGCUGAUUGCCGCCACCGGAAUCGCCAUCGUCGUGUUCAACUAUGGCACCGACCUGUACCACAGCGCCCUGGCCGUGGCCGUAACGUAUCUGCUCAACGUGGUCUUCGCCACCAGCAGCCUGCUCGUCCCGUUGAGCUUCAGCUACCACAUGGGUUAUCUGCUCGUUGGCUAUUACUUUACCACUUCGGAAACGUACGACAUCAAGUGGACCAUGCCCCACUGCGUACUGGUUCUGCGCCUGAUCGGGCUCGCCUUUGACCUCUCCGACAGUCACCAGAAGGAGAAGGCGGGCAAAAAGGACGCCUCCUGCAUCACCGUUCCGACCCUGCUCGAGUUGAUAGCCUUCACGUACUUCCCAGCGUCGGUCCUCGUGGGUCCACAGUUCUCCUUCCUGCGCUACCAGCGGUUCGUCAGUGGCCAGUACGAGGAACACACCCGCGGGGCACCGGCCUACUCCGCUAAAAAGUUCCUCCAGGGCGCCUUCUACCUGGUGGUCAACCAGGUCGGUUCCCAGUUCGUGUCCGAUUCGUACCUUCUGUCCGAGGAUUUCGAGCAGGAAUCGUUCUUCAUGAAGCACGUCUACAUGGGCUUUUGGGGCCGCUGCACACUCUACAAGUACAUCUCGAUUUGGCUGCUGGCCGAGGGAGCCGCGGUGCUGUUUGGUCUCACCUACAUCGACGCCAAGCCCGGUGACCGCGAGUACGACCCGGACGAGCUGUCCGGCUGCUCCAACAUCAAGGUGGGCGUGUUCGAGAACACCAGCAAGUUUGGCCACUACGUCGAGUCGUUCAACGUGCAGACGAACCACUGGGUCGCCGUGUACGUGUACAAGCGGCUCAAGUUCCUGAACAACCGCAUGCUGAGCCACUUUGGGGCGCUGCUCUUCCUGGCCGUUUGGCACGGGUUCCACAGCGGCUACUACAUGACGUUCUUCAUGGAGUUUAUGGUGAUCCGGAUGGAGAAGGAGGUCGAACCCAUCUUCGCCAAGAGCGAACGCUUCCAGGCCCUGAUGGCGCAACCGCUGGUCAAGGUGGCCGUCUUUGUGCUGCUCAAGUUCUACACGAUCGCGUUCGCCGGCUGGUGUCUGGUUCCGUUCGUGUUCCUCAGCUACUCCAAGUGGUGGCACAUCUACAAGGUGGUCUGCUUCUCCGGCUUCUUCCUGUUUCUGCUCGGAAAUGUGCUGCUUAAGCCGGUGCUGCUGGCGAUCUUUCCCAUUCCCAAAGGGACCGACCCGGCAGCAGUCAAAUCCGUCAAAAAGACGGAAUAAUUAGUUUAUGAUUUUGAUUAUUUUUUUCUUCUGAUCCAAACAAAACAAGAAUAGUAAAUUUCAAGGAUUGAAUCCAUCCAAAAAAACGAUAAGAUGAAAAUGAGCAAACCUUCCUCUUUUUUUUCUUUGCAAGUGUUUUGAACGUUUUAAACACAAACUCAAACAAUUUGCUCGAACAAAAAAUAAUAAUAAAAAUAAAUACAUCGACUGCACUGAAACAAUGAUUUAGAGCUGUUUUUUAGUAGAAUGCUAAACCGAAUACGAGUUAGUUUCGAUAAGUUUGAUUAUCGCGCUCCGCUACCUCUUGCCCAAUUUUCUAAACAAAUAAAACUUAUGUUUCUGCUUCAAAUUAGUUCGUUUAGUCAACUCAAACCUCUUUAGAUACAAAUUUUUCCUCGAGAUAAAAAAAAAACAAAUAAAUAUUUAUAAAGUUCAACUACAAACAAGUAAAGAUUGCAAAUUAAUUAAAACAAAUAACUUAAUAUUACACAAAAAAAAACAAUAGUUCAGCAAAUCUCACUAACACAACAAACAAUUACCAAAUUGUCCAACGCAGUUCGUUCUCCAAUUCAGGCUAGAAGAGUAGCAAAGUAGGCCACGUCUAAGGCGCCCGAGUGUAUUGUUACUAGAGUUGAGCACGGUUGAGCUAAGUAUUUAUAUAUUUUUAAGCGAGCAGAUUGAAAUUAAAUAUUUGACAAAUUUAUCGAACAAAAAACUACGUUUUCCUGAGAAAGGUGAGAGAUUUUGGUUUUGUUUGGGUGAAACAAAAAAAAACAAUAGAACAUUACUUCUAUUGUGGUGGUGCAGCACUGGAGUGGAAGCAAGGAAAAAAAAGGUUUAAGAUAAACUGUAGGGUUAGCAGGAGACACUCUCGAUUAAUUUUAAACGAUACUUCAAAUAAAGAAAGUGCUAGUCAGUUUAUGAGUUAUGAAAAAAA